UUACGAAUUGCUUACAUUACGGAUAGCAUCGUGCAAAACUGUAACCAAUCCAUUAUAUUUCUUCAGCACCUCAUAUGUCUUUUUUUAAUAAUACAAAACAAAAUGAGUGGGAGAAUGAAACAAAGGAAACUGCAUCAUGUGGGGGAUGGUAAUUUUCAAACAGGAAGAGAUAGGUGGGACUAAUAUUAGGAAGUCUUUGAUUGGCUCUCUUUCCUGUCCGUCAAACUUUGAGCUGUCCAAUGAUAUCAUGUAAUGGGUGUGGCCAAUGAAGACACGCAAUCAGAGGAAGCGCCUCGUCUCCUUGUACAAUUAGCAUAUAGGAGGAAAUAAUAGUGCCUGUCCAUGGAAUAUAACACUGUAUUUGUAAAGUUUACUCUACAGAUCAUCAUGCCUGAACCAGUGAAGUCCGCACCGAAGAAAGGAUCCAAGAAGGCCGUCACUAAGACCGCCGCUAAAGGAGGAAAGAAGCGUAAGAGGACCAGGAAGGAGAGUUACGCUAUCUACGUGUACAAAGUCCUGAAGCAGGUUCAUCCUGACACCGGUAUCUCCUCCAAGGCGAUGGGAAUCAUGAACUCCUUCGUCAACGACAUCUUCGAGCGCAUCACCGGUGAGUCAUCUCGUCUCGCUCACUACAACAAGCGCUCCACCAUCACCUCGAGAGAGAUCCAGACCGCCGUGUGUCUGCUGCUGCCCGGUGAACUGGCCAAACAUGCCGUGUCUGAGAUCACAAAGGCCGUCACCAGGUACACCAGCUCCAAGUAAAGUGUGAUGAAGCUUGCAGCGACACCAAAGGCUCUUUUAAGAGCCACCCAUGUACUCGUCUAAAGAGCUUCUUUAAUUUCCCACAAUAUUAGUGAUUGCGGAACACGUGGACAUGAUGUCUUGAACCAAGCGUA